AUGUGUACCGAUUUUAUGAUGUACGUGAACGAAACUGCCCAAAAUAAAAGUUUGGAUGUGGAUGUAGGCUGCGUUGAAGAAAAUUCAGUUGAUGAUUGCGUGGCCAAGAUAAAAAGUGACGAAGCUGAUCUUAUGACACUAAAGGGCGCUGACAUGUACAAAGCAGGUACUGGAUAGCAUUCUAUGGUUCGAUAUGGUGAAUAAUUUUAACGACCUUGCAUCCCAUGUAAAAACGCUCAGAACUGAGCUACCCUGACUAACCGCCCCUGCCCACGAACCCCCAGGAAAGGGAAUAUAAUGGGUACACACCGACUCAGUUUAUUCUCACGAUCGGCCACACCUUUAAAAUCCCUUUCUCUUUCAGCUUUCUUCGUGAAUUUAUUUUUUUCUUUUUUAUAGAUACGCAAACUAAUAACGAAAAAAUGCAUCAUGGAUGGCAUUCUAAUAUUUGCUUAUUAUUCAGGGAAGACGGGUAAUCUGGUGCCUAUUGUUUCCGAACAAUAUGAAUUGUCAAAAGUGCGGUAUUAUGCAGUUGCUGCGGUGAAAAGGGCUAACCGAGAUGUCAAUAUAACCACACUCAAAGGAAAGAAGUCCUGCCAUACUGGGACCCGCCCAAGAAAUGCUGGCUGGAAUAUACCUAUUGGAUUUCUUCUGAGCUCAAAAAUUAUUCCAGAAGUAGCCUGUGGAAACAUGAACCAUGAUUUAAUCUCUGCGGGAAAGUUCUUCAAUCAAAGCUGUGUUCAGGUAAGUGUUACAGUCCCCCCCCCCCCGGGGGGCGGAAGGGAGGACUCAAGGAAGUUUUAUACGGGUAGGCAACGCCCCAGCUUCCAACCCCUUUCCCUUUCAUAUACCAUUUUUACAGAAAAGGUACCCCUUCGGUAUAUACCUUCUAUUUACAAAUGGUACGCCUUUCACAUACCUAGUUUCAAGCACGGUAUUUCUCUUACCAGAAGGUUUUCUUGUCUCUGUCACAUCCAUAAAGUGCGUCUGUUAGAUCUCCCUACCUUGUUAUAUACUUUAACUAACUAGUAAUAAGCAAAGGUUACGGAGUGCGGGCGACAACGAUCGAAGGUCAAAACGCUUUGCUCCAUCGCUGUGCUUUGCGUAAGGUUCACGUAACAGAUGGUCAAAACACGCGUGAUCAGAUUACGAGUGAUAGAAGGUCCAAACACGCGUGAGCAAAGUGCGUUCUGUGCAUUCCAUUCAUUCUUAGUGGAGGUCCAAACGAAUGCUGGCUUCAUACAUGCGACGCAUGCUUAAUGAAAACCUGGAGAUUAGGAUUGCGUGCUCCUCUUGUCGUCUGCAAUGAAAUCCCUACCCCUUUGAUAUUCCUGAAGCCUAAAAAAGAAACCCCUUUCGGGCAGAACCUCUCCGCAUAGGCCAUAAUAAGAACUCAAAGAAAGCUUAUGUUUAAAGCCUCCGUUCACAUACGACAAACGAACCUGCGCCAUAGACGGAACCAUCAAACCGCAGUUACAUUACGUCUGCGAAGCAAGGUAAUGAACAACUCACGCCUUUUAAGUUAUUAAGCCCUGCGGAUGAAGUAAUGAUGCUCAGAUAUUGAUGCAAAAGACGUAGUCCACCUUUAUGCAUUCUAUUUUAGGCAGCAGUACAGAGUUAAUGUUGACUCGCCGAUUCCAUGCGAGGAAGCCCAGAUGGAGUUGACACUUGGUUUUGGCUUGUCCCAGACCAGAGCGAUUCCGCAUACCUUAUCAUGUAUCAUAAAUAACCGAAUACCCAGACUAUGAAUACGCAGGAUUUACUUAUGAAUUAAUAGAAUGGUCUCUAUGUUGAGGGAGCUGGUGCCGCGGGAUUUAACGCGUCAGGAGAUAUUCCGAGCAACCUGUGCGCACUCUGCUUAGGCACUGGGGCUGACAAAUGCUCUGCUGAUGAGGACAAAAAUGAAUAUGCUGGCCACGAGGGUGCCUUUAAGUGCAUGGUGGAUGGUAAAGGAGAUGUAGCGUUUUUUAAACACGGAACCGUAGAGAAAGCAAUCAAAAAAGGACAUUAUGGGAAUCAGACGGAUUAUGAGUACCUCUGCAGGGACGGGAGCAGAAAAGGUGAGUCCUGGCACCUGAUAUGCACAUGUUCAAACACGCUUCGCUGAGCAUGUAUCACAGAGAAGCGAAGCCUACCGCCGCUCGUUUGUUACAAAAAGCAAAGUCAUUCUAAGAACAAGAAUGUUUGCGAUAAAAAGGAAAUGUUACGCGCUGAGACUCCGGCUCAGCAACUCAGAAAAUCUCACCCUGCAAUACAAGGAGGCAUGACUUACAUUAGGAAUCAUCGUAGGCCGGCUUGGGGGGGAGGGACUCAUGGGGAGUUUAGGUAGAGGUGUGACGCUUACCGAGGCCUUCAAACCCCGACUAUUUAAGACAAAACUGUUUAUUUUGCUUUCCUGGCCAGUUUAAGACAACAGACCUGGUUUUAUGGCCCUGAUUCGUUUUGUUUUGCAUACAAAACUAAGUAAUUUUUCAAACUAACUCUAACACAUGGAAUUAGAGCUUUAGGGAAAAAUAAUUGGUAUCACAAAUGUAGACAGCUCAUCGCUAACCUUCAAACUCGUUUGAGGGCUCCCCCGGUCGAAAAACACACCCCGUCAAAGACACUAAAAUAGCAAAAUUGUACACCCUGUUUUAAGACUCCUGAAAACCACACCCUGUUAAGCAGCACAUGCCAGUUUAGGCCAAAUAAGGGAGUGCCCCCACCUCCUACGGAUCUUCGGGUCAUAUAGACAAAAGAAAAAUGUCCCCGUGGUAAAAUCUCGCACCGUUAUUAGCUGGGAACUCCCGCGAGGCAUAAGGAUAACUGAUCGCCUAUUUAAAUGACAUCUAUUUAUUUAUUAGAGAUUGGCGAACACGCAACUUGUUACACUGGAGUCAAUCCGGCCCAUGCGGUGGUGACAAGAAAAGGCAACACCAAAAUCGCCGCAAUCAUUACGAUUCUGACUGACAUGAGUGAAAUGUAUGGUGUCAAUCAGACUAACCCAAGACAGUUCCAACUCUUCAACUCCACCAAGUACAACGGCGAAGAUUUGCUCUUCAAAGAUUCUACUACUACUCUGGUUGCUAUUGCGACAGAAAAACAAACAUACCAAGGCUAUCUCGGAAACGAUUACGUCAUAGACAUCGAGGCACUAACUGAAUGUGACUUUCUAACUACCACUCAGCCUCCAACCACCAGCAUAUCUACCCAGCUUCCAAGUACCAGCAUAUCUACCAACCUCGUGCCUUAUAUAACGCUCAUACUGCUGACAGCACUGCUGGCAAUGGGGUCCGGGAAUGCAGAGCUCAACGUCACCCAGUGA